CAAAACGCGUCAAUAUUCCAGAUCUCUCAGACGGCGAGUCCUUCAUUAGUUAGCGCUCAGUUCCCUCCCAAAACGAUGGCCCUACUGGGCGAGGAGGGUCGCGGCUACGAGCUGGCCAGAAAGCUCGAGAGCUGCGGGGUGUGGUGCGCGUGGCUGGGUGAGUCAAACUACGCCAGCUUCGUCCACUGCCUGGCCUCGCCUUCCUCAUGGGAGGCCUUCAUGCGAGCCGACGAGACCAAAUCUAGGGCUCAGAUCCAGCUCCAACUCCGCGCUAGAGCGCUCCUAUUCGACAAGGCCUGCGUAUCUCUCUUCCUCCGCUCCAAUCCUUCUUCGUCUUCGUCGCUUGCGUCUUCUUCCCUUGUCGUUUCGAAGCUCAAUCCGAAUUAUUUGCGAUUGCACGGCGAUGACGUUUACUUCACGCUGGAGAACUCAGCGCAAGAUGGGGCUCAACAGCGGGAAGGUGGUGUUUCGUCUAAUACGGCGUCGUCCAAGAUUCAAUCAAGGGCAGCUUUUAGCAUUGGAUCAAGAUAUGGUGAAUCUGAGAUUGAUAACGUACCCCAGAGAUUCAGGAAUGAAGAACUGCCUGAAACAUGGUAUAAUCAGUUUAUUGAGAAGUAUAGAGCUAGCAAACCCUAUAGGUUGUCAUCUGGGGACCAUGAACGAGAAAAACGUACACCUGAAGAGAUGUCUGCUUAUCUCAGAUUUCUUGAGAAGCAUAAGAAAAGGCGCAUGGCUUUUAAGGAGGAUCACUACAUGGGCUUUGGAAAUUCCAUGGUGGAAAAUGCAUCAAACAUGCAUCCAAAUUCUGCUCUAAAUGGCAGUAAUUUUGUUGAAGAUGAAACACCUUUUUUCCCAGAGACAAUGUUCACAUUGAACUGCGUGCCUGAUAGUGCACUCUCCCCCAUAGAUAGAGUGGAAGAAAACCAGAAAGUGGAGUUGUAUGGAGUUCUUGAUACCUUGCCUCAAGUUAUGACCAGGAGCCCUGUGACGAUUGAGAGGCUAGGUAUCAGGCCUGAGUACCUAAGCACGGAACACAGAGGAAGCUUAUCUCGUGGAAAAGUUGGGUCUGAAGGGAACAGGAAGCGUAUUGGUCCAGAGCAAGCGUCACAGAUGUCUCGAAAGGUAAUUGCACGAAUGUUGACAAGUGUGGGGUUUGAUGGUGCCACAGAAGUUCCAGUGGAAGUCUUCGCUCAGUUGCUGAGCUGUCAUGUAUGUAAAUUAGGCCGAAUAUUGAAAGUUCUUGCUGAUAGUUACAGAAAGCAGUGUUCGGCUACUGAAUUAGUUAAGAUGUUCCUUAAAACAUUGGGAUAUGGUAAUUUGGGGCCAUUGGCGGAGCAUGUAAAGGAUGGCUCCAGGAAUUUUGUACAACAAACUCAGCAACAACAGGGAAUCCAGCCACAGUUGCAGUCACAGCACCAAAGUUCCCUCCUACUACCCCAGCAAAUGCCUCGACAAAUACAUCAACAGAUGCAGCAAAUUGUUCAUCCCCAGAAUCUGGCUUUUCACCAACAGCAGGUGGAUAGAAUACGAAGACGCCAACAAUCCACUCCUCGCCCUGGUAUGGAUAUGGAGAAGGACAGACCAAUGGUACAAGUUAAGAUUGAAGCCCCAUCAGAAUUACCAAUGGAUGGUAAUGCCUUCAACUCUAUCAAUGCCAGACAUCCCCAGAUGCAGUUCCAGUCGCAACAGAUUGCUGCAAUGUCGUCGAAUCUCCAUGCUCAACCUGGCCGUCAAUUUAGACAGAUGGCUUCCCUUCAAAUGCCCCAAAUUCAGACACAGAACAUGGGCAUUGUUAGAGCACCACCGGUGAAGGUGGAGGGCUUUCAGGAAUUGAUGGGUGGGGGUGCUUCAUCAAAGCAUGAUACUGAGGAAAGUAGGUUGAUGUCCCCUUCGAGUAAAUAGAUAUUUAGAGAGCUUUUAUUGGUGAUAAAGUAUGUAGAUAGACUCCCUGUAAAACUCUACUAAUUAAUCGAAAAAUGUCCAGCGGCUGCACCUUUUUUGGGUUACAUUGUUGUGUUUCCUACCCGUUUUAA